AUUUGUAUGCCGUGUGAAGUGGAAGUGUUAUUGUCUAUUUUUUUCCAAUAAUAGUGUUAAAUAUAGUUGUUUUUUCAUUAAUUUUCGCUUUUUAUAAAAGAGAAAAGUGUAAAAUUCAAUAUAAAAACUUAAUAGUGCCGGUAUUUAAUAAGCAAGCCAAAUAUUUUUAAACAAAAAGCAUAAAAAUUGAGCUAGAACAAAAGUGUAAAAAAUAUAACCAUAUCAGGCACAAAUCAUAAUACCUAAAGUUGUACCAUAAAAAUUAUUAGCUCCAAUAAAAUAUAUUUGUUUACAUUGUUUUGUAAAAUUUCUUCCAUAAUUUUAAAUUAAUUCAUUUUUUAUAUAAAUAAAAAACAAAGAAGAAACAAUCAUGUUGAUCUCUUGUAAAUGCCUUAAUUUUAUUGCUGUUAGCAAUAAUCAACAAAAAUCAUCGGCUUCCGGUGCAGCUGUUGGAAAUGCAACAGCUGAUGCAUCCUCCAAUCGCAACGAUGAAUUAUUACAUGUAUUCCUGCAAAAGUAUCCCCGAAACUUCAUAUUCUACCAGAAAUGCAUGGAUUUCUUUAAGCAAUCAAUUGGCCCCAUUCCAGAUCUUAAUAUUAGUACCAUUAGUCAACGUGAUCUUAUCUACAGCCUAACGCUGGAUAUUCCUCAACCGCAAAGUACGCAGUCUUGGCAAAUAAGUAUUUGUAUCAACUGCAACUCGGUUCUGUGUGCGAAACGAGUACAAACAGCUGGUGGUCCUGGAGCACAAUUUCUGCUCAACUCAACGUUGUUAACUAACUUCGAUGAAAUAGUACAACGUCGGAGCGAUAAAUCAUUUUCUGAUACUUUUCGUAUACUUAUAAUAGAUCAUCCACAAAAUGAAGAUACCCCUACAACACCCCCUAUUAAUUUUUCAAUCGGUUCCUUAAAAUCUAAUAUGAAUACAACGCCUGAUACCAAACAACAACGCUUACGUCAGCUACAACAAUAUUUACAACAACGCCAAAAACUGGAAAUAGCUGAAACUGACGAAAGAAUUCGCAGAUACACAGAGCAACAAUUUGCCUUACUCAAAAGUUUCCGCGAGAAAUCAGAACAAGAAUAUGAUUUAUUGGCGCGUCUUAUUCAGCGUGUAUCUGAGCAACAAGCAUAUGAGUGGUUAGAUCGCGCUCCACCUGCUUUAGAUAUUACCGUUGGUGGUGUAAAUUAUGCAUCAAUACGACGUAAUACUAUUGGUAGUAGACGUGAAUUAAAUGUCACAGCACCUACUACACCUACAACGCCGAAUCCACCGAUAUCAAAUAUAUCAGCAUUAUCUACAACUGCGCAAGCUUCUAAUACCAAAACAAGUGCCAUAGAGACGAAUAAUCAGCAGGGAAGUGCUACAGUUGUAAUGGCUGGUACAAUGACAACGGUGGGAGCGGUGGGAGCACCACAAUUUCCCACCGUACGAAAAAUGUCUAAUUUUGAUACACCACCCGCCACUCCAGAAGCCAUGCCAAUGAGUGUGGGUAAUAGUCCCACCUUUAGGCCACAACAACAGCAACCACUUUUAUUGCCAUUGGGUAGGCUAUCGAACAGUCAUUCUUUUCAGCAGCAGUUUCCCACACCAACUGCGGACGUAACUGAUGAUUGUUUCUUCGAGCUUGAAGGCUUCGAUAAUAAUAUAUCAGAAUCAACAAAUGGUUAUAAUCAUUUGUCUUACUUUUCCAAUAACCCGCCACAACAUCCUGCAUUACAACAUCAGUUACCAUUUCAGCGCAGUCUGAGCAUACAUCAUGACCAUCACAUGAGUGACUUGAAAGAAAGUGACAGUGCUGAAGAAGCUGAAGAUGCUUUGGAUUUGGAUAGUUCCAUGCCGAUACCAAUGAGUAAUGGAGAUCGCCAAGAUAAUUCAAAUUUGCUAAAUUUCGGUAAAAGCUUACCAAUCGAAAUUUCUAAUGCAGUUCGGAUUGAAAGGUCAUACAUACAGGAAUCUGACGAUGAUGAACUGGACAAUACUGUGGAUAUUGCAGCUAGCAUCAAGGCUUUAGCUAAAAGUGUACAUGGGGAGGCCGUGUUUGGAGAUUUACCACGUCCACGUUUGCGUUCGCAAAUUUAAAAUGUGUUUUGAACUAUAAUAGUUUGCUCAAAUAUUGCAAAAGAUAAAUAAAAAUGUUAGAAUUUUUAAGAAAAUUUUCUUUUGCACUCAUUAAAAUUCGAUGAUCUUAGUGAUU